AUGAAGGUUGUACUGUUAAAUCUCAUCUUGGUUAGUGCAGUGUGGGGGUCAUCGAGGUUGGACCCGCUAGUGAACACAAAGAAGGGCCUGAUCCGGGGUCUCCAGGCGUCUGAUGGGGACUACUCCAUGUUCAUGGGCAUUCCCUACGCGAGGGUUAACCAGAGCAAUCCGUUCGGGCCGUCUUUACCUUCCCCCGAUUUCGACGAUGUCUUCGAGGCCUACGACGACUCUGCAAUAUGUCCGCAAGUCGAAGAUUUUGAAAACCAAAUAGUAGGAUCCCUAGACUGUCUUCACCUCAAUAUAUACGUACCCAACAAAGCUACUACCAGAAACAGUCUCCCAGUCCUCGUUUGGAUAUAUGGAGGAAGAUUUGAAAUCGGUUUAGCCGGACGCUUCCUAUAUGGGCCCAAGUAUUUAGUGAGAAAUGACAUCAUUCUGGUCACAAUCAACUACCGACUGGGUCCUUAUGGCUUCAUGUGUCUGGACACACCGGAGAUACCCGGCAAUCAAGGUCUGAAAGAUCAACUAAGCGCUUUGCGAUGGGUGAAGGACAAUAUCGAAGAAUUCGGAGGUGACGUAAACAAGAUAACGAUAAUAGGAGAGAGUGCCGGAGGAAUGUCUGUUGACUUCCAUCUCCACUCUGCGCAGGAGAAAUUGUUCGAUAAAGUUAUAAUGCAGAGCGGAACAAUCCUGUCCCCGUCGGCGAUGGCAGAAGCAGACACAAGAGCUCCAAUGACAAUUGCCGAACAUCUUGGCUAUGAAGCUAAAGACAACGCAGACGCCCUGACCUUCCUAUCAACAGUCGAACCGAAACUAGUUAUAGCGGCUGUGACAGAUCUCUCUCUUAAGUUCCUUCCAUGUGUUGAAAAAGACUUCGAUGGGGUGGAGAAACUUGUGAAAGGACACCCUAUUAAUAGCCAGAUACCAAAAGCUAAGGGUGUAAAAAUUCUCUCCGGCUACAAUAACAGAGAAAUGCUCACUUGGUAUGGAAACAAAGCAUCAGGCAACGAAGAUAAUGUGUUUAGGGAAAACUUGGAAAAGAUUUUCGAUUUAAGCGACAAUGAAGACCUAAUAACACUGGUUCGGCAGUUUUAUGUCGGCGAUGAGGAUAUGAGCGCUGACCUAAAAUGGGUUCUGAUGGACUUUGAAUCUGACUUUUCCUUCAACCACCCAGUACACAGAAGUUUACAGAAAUAUAUAGAAAACGAUGGAACGGUCUACCACUAUAUAUUUUCAUACUCAGGCGGCAGAAACUUCGUAAAAUUCAAAAAUAAUAUAACUGAAGAUGGUGCAGCCCACGCUGACGAAAUUGGCUACCUCUUUGAUGUAUCAAUAUUGGACACUCCAUCGGAUGAAGAUCAGCUCGUCAUUGACAGAAUCACGACGUUGUGGACGAAUUUCGCGAAAUAUGGAGACCCCACUCCUGAAACAUCGGAUCUGUUGCCGGUGAAAUGGACGCCAGUAGAGAAGGACGUUUUACAUUACCUAGACAUAGACAAGGAACUGACUAUGAAGAGGAGACCGUUCCACGACCGCAUGGCUUUCUGGGACCUGUUCUUUAAGAUGAACAGGAACUUACUAAAGGCGUACGAAGGAGAUGAUUAG